CCGUGCGAUAAGCAGCCUAGGUUCAAUUCUCCAGCUCCUACACGGAUAUAGACAUGGGGCGGAGAAAAACAUAUUGGGCCAAGCACUAGCAAGAAAAGAGCAGUAAAAAUCGCAUUAAGCUUUCCAAUUCAUCAUUCCAACAAGUCAUGGGUGUUGAGAAGAGAGCUACAGCAACUGUGAGGGUCUCAAAUAUACCCCAAUCUGCUAUAGCUAAAGAUCUUUUCGACUUCUUCGACUCUUUAAUCGGCAAAGGAUCAGUUUUUGCCUGUGAUAUUUUCUCUGAGCAUAAGAAUUGGAAAUCGAGAGGCCAUGGUAGAGUUCAAUUCGAAACAUUGCAAGACAAAUUACACUGUUUAUCACUGUCGGAGCAAGGGAACCUACUCUUUAAAGGGCACCAACUCUCACUGGUCUCGUCUUUCGAUGAUAUCAUUGCAAGGCCCGUUGAACCUAAGUGCAGAUUCCAGGACGGAAUCUUGCAUACUGGGUUACUGGUCAAGAAUGAUGUUAUGCAGGUUUUGGAGACUUGGGAAGAUGUGAAAACGUUGAUCAUGCCGGAAAGGAAGUGUCUUGAGUUCUGGGUUAGUCAUGCUGAGGAGUGUUAUAGGUUGGAAGUACAGUUUGGCGACGUCGUCGAGGCUACUGUGUGCUCUUUGGAAAACCAAAAAUCUGCACUUCUUCUGAAGCUAAAACAUGCACCAAAGCUAUACCAAAGAGUUUCUGGACCUGCUGUUGCUUCCAAGUUCAGUGCUGACAGGUAUCAUAUCUGUAAGGAAGAUUGUGAGUUCCUUUGGGUUCGCACAACUGAUUUUUCCAACAUAAAGUCUAUCGGAUGUUCAUCCUCUCUUUGCUGGGAAACUGAAGACGGAUGGUUAAGUUCAGAUUUGCUUUCUAGUUUGCCAUGUUGCAACAAGGAUGUGAUAGAUCUAGAUCUGGAUAAAGUAGGAGAUAUUUAUUCUGGUUCUGAAUUUGUUCCCCUUGUGAGGAUCCCAUCAGAUCUGAAGCUACCUUAUGAAAUCCUUUUCCAGCUUAAUUCCCUCGUACAGACUCAAAAAAUUAGUCUUGGUGCUGUUAAUCCAGAUCUCAUUGAAGUUCUUAGCAAAUUAGAAUUGGACACUGCAAUGAUGAUCCUUCAGAAAAUGCAUAAGUUGCAGUCAACCUGUUUCGAGCCCUUGACAUUCAUCAAGACACGCUUGCAUGUUUUGGGUAAAAACAAUAAGAACCAGCUUUCAUCAUCUUACAGCAGGUUAGUGAAUCAUAGCAUGAUGAGUGUUCACAGAGUCUUGGUAACACCAUCAAAGAUUUACUGCCUGGGUCCAGAGCUUGAAACCUCCAAUUACAUUGUGAAGAACUUUGCAGAACAUGCUUCUGAUUUCUUGAGAGUAACUUUUGUAGAGGAGGAUUGGGGUAAACUUUUUCCUAAUGCCGUUUCUAUGAGUGUUGAACAAGGUAUCUUUGCAAAGCCUUACAGAACUAAAAUCUAUCAUCGGAUUUUGUCUAUCCUUCGAGAAGGAAUUGUUAUUGGAACUAAAAGAUUCUUUUUCCUGGCAUUCUCGGCCAGUCAGCUUCGCUCAAAUUCAGUUUGGAUGUUUGCUUCUAAUGAAUAUGUCAAGGCAGAAGAUAUCAGAGAGUGGAUGGGGUGCUUCAACAAGAUUCGUAGUAUCUCGAAAUGCGCUGCAAGGAUGGGUCAAUUGUUUAGCACCUCUGUUCAAACAAUGGAGGUUCAAUUGCAGCAUGUUGAGAUUCUUCCAGAUAUUGAAGUGACCUCUGAUGGUGUUAGUUAUUGCUUCUCAGAUGGUAUUGGAAAGAUUUCCCAAGCUUUUGCCAGACAAGUUGCUCAGAAAUGUGGAUUGAAUCAUACCCCAUCAGCAUUUCAAAUAAGAUAUGGUGGUUAUAAAGGUGUGAUAGCUGUUGACCGCAAUUCCUUUCGAAAGCUAUCUCUUCGUGGCAGUAUGCUCAAAUUUGAAUCAAAGAACAGGAUGCUUAAUAUUACCAAGUGGAGUGAUGCAAUGCCUUGCUAUCUGAAUCGGGAGAUUGUUAUCCUUUUAUCUACUUUGGGAGUUGAGGAUAAAGCUUUAGAAGACCUGCUAGAUAAUCAUCUUCGUCUUCUGGGCAAGAUGUUGACCACUAAUGAGGCAGCUUUAGAUGUUUUGGAGAGCAUGGGUGGUGGUGACGUAAAAAAAAUCUUAAUGAGGAUGUUGCUCCAAGGAUACGCACCCAAUCGGGAGCCUUAUCUCUCGAUGAUGCUUCAGUCACAUUUUGAGAAUCAGAUUUCAGACCUAAGAAGUAGGUGUCGUAUAUUCAUUCCAAAAGGUCGAAUUCUAGUAGGAUGCCUAGAUGAAACAGGUAUAUUGAAGUAUGGCGAGGUUUAUGUACGAAUAACCAUGACUAAGGCUGAGCUACAAAAUGGUCAGCAAAAUUUCUUCCAGAAGGUGGAUGAAACAACUGCAGUAGUAAGAGGUAAGGUUGUAGUCACAAAAAAUCCUUGUCUUCAUCCUGGAGAUGUAAGAGUACUUGAGGCUGUGUAUGAGGUGACAUUAGAGGAGAAGACCUGGGUGGAUUGCAUUAUUUUUCCUCAGAAUGGAGAAAGGCCUCAUCCAAAUGAAUGCUCUGGUGGUGAUCUUGAUGGAGAUCUUUAUUUCAUAUGCUGGGAUGAAAGUCUCAUUCCUCAUCAAACAGUGACACCCAUGGACUACACUGGGAGAAGACCUCGUAUAAUGGAUCAUGAAGUUACUCUAGAGGAAAUUCAGAGAUUUUUUGUUGAUUACAUGAUUAGCGAUACUCUAGGUGCGAUCUCUACUGCACAUUUGGUUCAUGCAGAUCGUGAACCAGAUAAAGCUCUGAAUUCAAAAUGCCUCCAGUUAGCAACCCUUCAUUCAAUGGCUGUGGACUUUGCAAAAACUGGAGCUGCAGCUGAGAUGCCCAGGUUUUUAAAACCAAGAGAGUUUCCCGAUUUCAUGGAGAGGUGGGACAAACCCAUGUACAUUUCUGAAGGGGUACUAGGGAAGCUUUAUCGUGGUGUUAUCAAGUCUUAUAUUCGUAGGAACUCAGAUGACCUUUCUACUGAUAGAGCUAUCCAGGAUGCUUAUGAUCAUGACCUUCUGGUUGAAGGUUACGAGGCCUUCAUUGAAACUGCUAAAACUCACAAAGAAAUGUACUUGGAUAGCAUGAACAGCUUACUCAACUACUAUGGAGCAGAGAAAGAGGUUGAGAUACUGACAGGCAAUUUGCGCCAGAAGUCUGUGUAUCUGCAGCGGGACAACAGGAGGUACUUUGAACUAAAAGAUCGAAUCUUGGUUUCUGCCAAAAGCUUACACAAGGAGGUCAAAGGGUGGUUCUCUGGUUGCUGCACGGAGGAUGAUCAUCAGAAAUUGGUUUCAGCAUGGUAUCAUGUUACUUAUCAUCCUAGUUACUGCCACGAAAGUGCUAAUUGUCUGGGCUUUCCCUGGGUAGUUGGUGACAUUUUGCUGAAUAUAAAAUCGCAUAAUACCAGAAAAACCACCCCCUAGUGUUCAACCAUGAAAGCAACUUUGUUGUUUGAUCCUGCCUUAUCCAAGAAAAUGUGUAAUCCAUGUGCUUAAUGUAAAACUUAAACUCUCUUGUCAGGAGUGCUAUCCAUGCAAUCUGUUGUCGAUCACUGUGAAUAAAAUCCUGAUUCCUUACCUA